CCAGCAAGACUUCCAGCAGCCUGACAUCCUCUUCAUCGACCGCCUUCCAACCACCGCCCUACCUCCCUCGAAAUGGACCCCAACUGCUCCUGCGCCACUGGUGACUCCUGUGUCUGCGCUGGCUCCUGCAAGUGCAAAGAGUGCAGAUGCACUUCCUGCAAGAAGAGUGAGUGUGGGACCUUCCCCGGGAAUCUGGGGGCUGAGCAGGGGCCAGACUCAGGGCUCAGCAGGCAGGAGCAGGUCAACGACCCAGCUUCUGCCCAUCCCCUUCUCCCAGCAACUGAUUCCAAGUUAGAGCUGAAAGCCUUAGAAAUGGUUGAGUCUCAACCUUUCAUUCUAGAAGGAGGAAACAGAUGCUGGUGCAGCCGUUUCCUACAGAGGCAGCCCAGACCUUCCGUGGGCUGCCAGAUGGUGCUCAGUCAUGGGUUCCCCCCUACUGUCAUUUUGAGGACUAUCCUCACCCUCUGUAUGGUUCUGGAGACUGAUAUUCCUUUCCCCUGAGACACAUGUGUUCUGCGAACUGUCACUGCCUCACAGGCUUUCUGCCCUAUCCUGGGCUCAGAUGGGACAAGGCAGCUUCUUCCUAGUGGGACCCAGACUGAAAAGUCUGACCAGGGGUCUGGGGACAUAGCAGGCCCUCCAGUACUCAGGGCCCUGCUGACUGGGGUAGAGCUGGUGCCUGCCCUGCUGUUUU